GUCUGAGCUCGUUGCUCAUCCGACGGGUGAGACCAGGUUCAAUGUAUACAUAAAUUCGAAGUUCUGCAUGGCAAGUCUUCAGACUGGAUCAGACUUACGAGAGUAAGUCUAAUCCAGUCUGAAGACUUUUGUCGACCAUGACGUUUGUGUUACCUUCUACUGGAUCCGUCCUCAUCGAAAUCCCUCUCAUUUUCGUUGGCAUUGUCUGGGCGCUAAUCCCCGUAUUGUUAUGGCUAAGCUCGAAUUACAAUGCCAUCCAAUCGCUGGUUGAUGGCUGUGUUGAAAGGGUGUUGAGGCCAGCCUGCUUGCUGAUGUCAGUACCAUGGCACCCCAAAGUAAAGCCUGAUCUGGUUCUCAUCGAAGUACAGCACCGACACAUUUCUCGACUUUUAAGUCACACUGCAGAGCCACGAAUUCUGAGUUGCUCCUCCGGAGUAUACCUAUUGCAGAAAAAAAGGCAUAUCUUAGCAUCUCUCUUAUGCAGAGUAUCCCUAUCAAACAGCACUGGAUCUUCUUGCAGCUACCUUAAGAAGCCAACUCAAGCUUGGACAAGCCAAUGCCAAUGCGGCCACGGUGGUAUGAAAGUCAGCGUUGAUCCAUGCCCUUACUGCAAUAUCCCACGCUGCCCCAAUUGCGAGACUCGACGCGUUCAUGGUCGCUCUUGAUCAUCGAAAUACACUCUUAAGUAACAGCUCACGAACACGCUUGGGCAACAGCCCGCCAAUACAAACAAGUCGGAGAAAUCAUCCAGAAUCCCAGAGCCUUUCUUUGGUUUCGGUUGGAUCUAUCCAACUAGUUAUUUUGCCUCAAAGCCUAUUCCUUUCAGUAGUUCGUGCGGCUCAGAAUUUGCUG